UUAACCUACGCUUCACAAAAAAAUUAUAAUUUUUGCUUGUUGGAAAAGUGUGUGGUUUGCAGGGUAGCUAAAACUCUAAAAGCUUUACAAAUAGUGUUGGUUCCCCACAAUUUCGAAAUUCGAAAACUUGUAUGACGCACCAGCUGGAGACGUCCCUUAAUAACGAGCAAAUGGAUCCGUAUAUGAAGUCAACACACACAAAGCGCUUUGUGGUGGAAGAUUCAAUAACCAAAGUGACUUCCGAUGGCGAGCCACAUGAGAUGAUGACAAUGAUUGCCGGCCUCUCGGGCCUUUUUGCUGCCAUGAUAAUUCUAGCUGUGCUAAUAUCCCUACUCAGUUGCAAGAGCGACAAGAAGGCGAAACAUUGCAAAAAUUGCCCGCGCACAAACAAUUGUAAAGACAAUUUUGCACGCAACUCUAGUUUGAAUGAGAGCACCACACGCUCAUCCAUAUCGACUACCUAUACACGAGCUACAAGCCUCGAAGAAGGCAAUUCAGUACCAGCAACGCCAAUUUACAAUCCAACCGUUUCGGUAAUUUCUUCGGGCAAUCUUUCGGGUAACCUGAACUCAGCUUUCAUGAAUAGCGAACUAAAUUUGGCCAACACUUUGUCGAAACCAAAGAAGAAGAAAACACACUGGAGUGAUGAGGUGGAUGCGCAACUGCGUAUGAAGGAAACCACUGUGGAUAUUGAGCGAUUUUGAGGAAAUCAAUUAAGAAAGCAUGAGGGAUUUCAGCUAUACGAAUUUAUGCGCAUGCGCGGAUUGAUACAAUAUUUCGGCUGGGCUGCAUGUUUGUUUCGCUGUUGUAAUUGACAAAGCGAGGACGCGCUUGCUAAAUGUGAAGACUGAUUGGGGGAGGUUGUAGCAAAAGCCUCUUUCGUUUGUUUUGUUCUUACGAAAAGUUUAUAGUAAUUUUCAAAAAAUUACGAGCAUAAAUAUAUAGAGCACACAAUUACCUGAUAUAUAUAAAUUUACUUUAGAAUUUAGUGUUAAGCCCAUUCAAGGUGU